UUUAUUUCUUCAUCAAUGCAAAUACAAAAUCUCGUUCCUGAUGGUACUUUACGCAAAGUACGUAACAACAUUGAUAGAUUAUUCGACAAGAAUUUAGCUGAUUUGAUUAGAGGAAUUAGAAAUAACAAGGAAAAUGAGUCUAGAUACAUUGGCGCUUGUAUUGAAGAUAUAAAAUCAGAAUUGCGGCAAGAUUCAAAUUUCGUCAAGGCAAAUGCGAUCGAGAAAUUAGCUUAUCUCCAAAUGCUUGGUUAUGAUAUUUCUUGGGCUUCUUUUAAUAUUAUUGAAGUGAUGGCCAGUACCAAAUUUAAUGAAAAACGGAUUGGAUAUUUUUCUGCAACACAAGCCUUUAAUGAUGAGACAGAUGUUUUAAUGCUUACUACAAAUUUAAUUAGAAAAGAUUUGCAAAGUUCAAAUAUUUACGAUGUUGGAGUUGCUUUAAGUGGUCUUUCUUGUUUUGUUACUACAGAUUUGGCUCAAGAUCUUGAAAAGGAUGUUAUUAAUUUGCUCUCUUCAAGUCGUCCUUAUGUUCGUAAAAAAGCUCUUUUGCUUCUCUUCAAAAUGUUUUUAAAAUAUCCUGAUACUCUAAGAACGAUGUUUCCAAAGUUAAAAGAAAGAUUGGAGGAUCAAGAUCCAGGCAAAAAAUUUAAUUUUAGAUUUAAAAACUUUUGA